AUGGCUUUCAAGUAUCCCCAGUUUGAGCCCUAUGGGAAUAAGCUAAUCCGAUGGAUGGAAAACGCCAACGAAGCCGAUUGCCCAGUUCGGAUUACUACACUCAACUCAUGGUCUCUGCCACAGCCUAUGGACUGGAAUAUCGAGCAUGAAAGACAAUGGUUAAAACCGGAACUGAUUUCCUCUAUCGUUGGUCUCGGCCUGCCAGUCGGAGAGCUAAUUCCAAAUGAUCUGGAUCCCACAGAGUCCCCGUGUGUACGGCAUUCAAUCAUCAAGACACACAAUGGAGUCACAGCGUUUGUUGGGACGAUUGGACCAGGUGUGCUUUUCUUCUAUUCUAUUAGAAGAUCACACGUCACGAAUGAUCCCUACGUGUCUGAGCUUGCCAAGAUGGCCUAUGAAAUGCACUAUCCGUUGAAUGGUCUGAAGUAUAUUUUUAUGAACAAUAUACUGGAACCCUCGACUGAACCAUUCAUUGAGGAACAGAUCUACCCAUCCCGUGAGGGGGCUAAGUAUCAAUCUGCAGAGCUCCAGACUUGGGACUAUCCUUCACCGGAGUUCCGCGCUAUUAUGGGUACGCCUAUUGGUAAGGUUGUCGGAUCCCUCAUUCUAGGUGCGUUUGGCCAGGGUGUUAAACGCAUUGCACGAAUUGUUACUUUUCAGAGUGGUUUAGACUUUCACAAACUGGAUAUUCGCUUCGAUAUCGAGGAUGUUUGA